UAGCUACAUUAUUGCGGAACUCAGCCUCCUCUCCUCCUCUGCUAGCAAAGCGACGACGCCUGUUAGCAGACCGGCUCUUUUCGGCCAAAGUGUAAUUAUUAUGAAUUGUUUGACUACUGUACUCUAAUUAACUGCCAUUUGUACAAUCUACACACGACAAAAAAAAUUACAAAAUGAAUAUACGAAACGCUAGGCCGGAAGAUCUUAUGAAUAUGCAGCACUGUAACCUUCUGUGUCUGCCGGAAAACUACCAAAUGAAAUACUACUUCUAUCAUGGAUUGUCCUGGCCCCAGCUCUCCUACAUCGCAGAGGAUGAAAAUGGCAAAAUAGUGGGUUACGUUCUGGCAAAAAUGGAGGAGGACCCAGAUGAUGUCCCUCAUGGACACAUUACAUCCUUGGCAGUCAAGCGCUCCCAUAGACGUCUGGGUCUGGCUCAAAAGCUGAUGGACCAGGCCAGUCGUGCCAUGAUAGAAAAUUUCAAUGCCAAAUAUGUCUCCCUUCAUGUCCGCAAAAGCAAUCGGGCAGCCCUGCAUCUGUAUUCGAACACACUCAAGUUCCAGAUCAGUGAAGUAGAACCAAAAUACUAUGCAGAUGGUGAGGACGCCUAUGCCAUGAAGAGAGACUUGGCCCACAUGGCAGAUGAGUUGAGAAAGCCAGGUGUGCGAGUGCCGGGUCAGGAAGCACCGUCUGGUUCCGGCAACCAAGAAAGGGGAAGCGAGAGAGACAGUGGAGGAGAAAGCAAAGAGCUGAGUGAAAUGAGCGAGGCUACAGAGAGCACAGACGUCAAAGAUUCUUCCUCUGACUCACAGUGACCGUCAAUGAUUUUUAUUUAAAUACAGAAGAAAGAAAACAAAAACAAUUCAACCUGGACCGCCGCUUUUUUAUUAAGAUUUUACAGUGACAUCACAACUGUCAGCAUUCACUGCUGUGGUAAUCAAUAACACAAUAUGAUACAAACAUGAAAUUUAAAGGAAGAUUUCUUUGAUUGCUGUAGCAUUUUGGUCUGCUGAUGUAAAAGAUUAAUGCAAUUAAAUCGUACUGAUACUUCGUGUCACUUAAUUAGGGAGUUACUUAGUGUAGGCAAAGUACCUGAUAGAGUACACAUGUAUACUCGUGCAACCACAAUAAUACACAUACAGUACCUCACAAAAAUAGGUAUUUCCGCAAACAUUUUAUUACAGGACAAUACUACAAUAAUUAAACAUGUAUAUGUUCUUUAGAAUUGGCAAUGUACAUCAACAAUUGUCAUACAAGUCAAGCAUGUUGGUGGCAGCAUCAUGGCCUGCGGCUGCACGAGUGCUGCCAGCAGUGGGGAGCUGCAGCCCAUUAAGGGAAACGUGUAUUUAACAUCAAUCAAUCAAUGUUUAUUUAUAUAGCCCUAAAUCACAAGUGUCUCAAAGGGCUGCACAAGCCACGACAUCCUCGGUACAGAGCCCACAUGUACAAUACUAGGACAUUGGGAAGAAAAGCCUGAUCCUUUCAUUAGGGAAACUGUUUUUCCAACAUGACAAUGAGCACUAAGACACCUCCACGAUGAGUGUUCUCAUUAAAAAAAAAAAAAAGGUAAGGUUGCUGUAAGGUCAAACCACAGUGUAUCUAUGUGUAUUCAUAAGGUCAAACCACAGUAUACCUAUGUGUAUUCAUAAGGUCAAACCACAGUAUACGUAUGUGUAUUCACUUGCCAAGAACUGCAUUUAGACAAUGACUGGGGAUGUAACGGUAUUCUAGAUACUGCGGUAUUGCAGUUUCAAAGUCUUCACAAUAAUGACGUGUUACAGUAACGGAAACUUGGGGAGAGUGUAGUUAUUUUCUGGCGCUGUAAUUGCCCGAGCGUGUCAAUGUGAGUGUGAAUUCUCGUUUGUCUAUAUUGGCCCAGCGAUGAGGUGGCGACUUGUCCAGGGUGUACCCUGCCUUCUGCCAGUGUGCAGCUGGCAGAAAAAGGAUGGAUGGAUUUAGGCUGCGUCUGAAAUAAAGUACAUCGCCCAGAAUUCUCUAUGCCGCGCAGGACUGGCAAGGUUCUGUAAGCAGGAAGUAAAGUGUUCAUAGUAGAUAAAAGGAAUUGCUUUUGUUGGACACAGGGACACAGCCAGCUGGACGACACAAGGCACGGAGGGAAAUCACCCAAAUAAACUACACCGAGUAAACUGAAAAGAUACGGUACUUGAUAAAUUCUCAAUCCACAUAUACCAUAAUAUCGUAACGUGGUUUUAAGACCGUGAUAUUUUGAUACUGUUACAUCCCUAACAAUGACUGUGUGUUGAGUCAUUUUCAGAGGACUUUAAUGCUACACAAGCUGUACACGAACUACUCAAAGGUGUGUAUGUUUACAUUGUAAUUUCUAUUGGGAAGUUAUUCUGUAUUAUGAAUGGUUGAUGAAAUGUGAUAAGCAGGAGCAUAGCACCCAAUUUUUUUGUCCCCCAAACCAGACUCCUGACGGGGCCCCCUCAUUUCACCCUCGACCAAAUGUCACCGCCUCAACCACACACACUUAAUGUUUACAUGCAGUAAAACAAAAAAAAAUUACGCCACAGAUUUGGUUGAUACUAGCUUUUUUAGGUUUAGAUUUUUUACUUUUGAAAAAUGGGAUUAACAUGAAACACAACUCGAUAACUCCCUCCCCCAAAUAAUUGUUUUU